GGUUUAACCUCUUUGUUCUCUUUCUCACUAUACGGACGAUGGACUCGUACGCUCCGCUGCUGGAGAAAACCCGAGUUCUUCAACCGUCGAUUCAGAGACUCGCCGUGAUCUCCGUCUUCUCCAAGCUCCGAUCCUCUUCGGAGCGUCUAGGGCCUGACUCCGAUCCCGGACGAGAAGCGAUCUCCUUCUGUCUCUCCGCUGAUUCCGUCGCCGUCGUCGAUCAAUCCGUUCGUGAGCUAUGUCGCUUAGUCUUGGACUCCGUGUUGGACGUUUCACGCGGCUUGUUGGAACUUCAGUCCGCUCUCGAAGGAUCCCACCCGAAGUUCGUUUCUCUCUUCGUGAAGGGGUUAGGGUUUUUGAUUCGUUUCGGUUAUGAGCGGAAAGGUGGGAAUUGGAAGUUCAAUACUUCGGAGAAUCAUCCGUUUGUCAGGAUUCUUUCAAGCCGAAUAGAGGUUCAAACGGAGCUUCUUCACCAAGUUCUACUGUUUAUGGCGCAUAAACGGCGAUUUGGAAUCGUCGGAGUGUGUGAAUUUUUGGAGCCAUUCGUGAAAUUUGCGAUAUUGCGAAUACCAUUUACGGAUUCGGCGUCAUCUUUGUUUUUAAGGGAGUUGAUAUCUUCAAUUGCUUCCCUUUGUUGCUCAUUCCGCCAUGAAGUACUGCCUGUUUUCAGGUUGUUUAUUUGCUGCUUAAAAUAUAUCCCGGGCAAGAAUUUAGAUGGUGAUCGGAAUCUCAGUUGCAUUGUCAAGACUCUAGUGGAUGCCUAUACUAUUUGGAUGAGAGACUUGGUUGGGACUGGAUUGGAACUAACAGAGGUUCAUAUGUUGGGAGUGCAACUGGUAGAUACUGUUCUUUCGCUUUACACUGCUCCUCAUGUUCAAGCAGCUGAACAGGAGCUUGUUAUUGAGCCACUCAAGCACUUGUUAACUUUUCAAAGGGAUCUUGGGUUGCCGUAUGUACCUGAAUUAUCUUCGGUGGUUCUUUCUCUAGUUGUUAUGCUUGCCAAGUCCAAUGCUGAGCAUGAAGAACUCUCUAUUUUAAAAUUCCUCCAUUUCCUGCUCUUAUGGAAAAGUCAAAAUGGAAGCACAUUCAUCAGAGAUGCAGCCAAUCCAAGUGACGAGCUUUUGUUAUUGUUCCCUAUUGUUGUACUCAUGUCUUCGCCCUCCAAAUCAGUCAAAGGAGCAGCAAGUAAGGUUCUUUCCAUCAUAGAAAAUGUCUUGUUAAAAUUGGCAAAAGCAUCAAAGACUGAGGUCUGCAUCCAUGACGGAGAUCCACCUCUCAGCAGGGCUGGUUCUGUUGUGUUUAGGCUCAUCUUGCAACUCUGGCAUCAGAAUCAUUAUCCAACAUCUACCUCCUUCCUAAGAGUGGCUUCUAGUAGAAGAAAUGGAAUUGAAGAAACUGAUCAUCAACCAAGAUCUUGGGCUUCACUACUCAGGGAACAUGCUCAAUGGGUUUUGGAUAGAAGAAAAACUUCGGCAUCUUUGUCUCUGUCACAAGAGAUACCCGUGUUACUUGGUGCUAUUGCUUGUGUCCUGGUGAUUCAUCCAUCCCUUGGAUCUGAUGCUAUCGAUAUUUUGGCUGCUACUGGUGUCAUGGAUCCUAAAAUGGCUGUUCCUCUAUUGCUAGCUGUUCUAUAUUACAGCAACAUAUUUUCUCGAAAAGAUAAUCCUUGCCGGAAUGCGUUGCCAAAACUUCUGAGCUUGCUUCCAUCACUUGCUUCACAACCAGUGAUGGUUCCACUUGUAGUUCAAACUAUUACACCAAUGCUGCGCAAGGAUGUGAAGGGACUGUUGUAUGCCACAGCCAUUAGAUUGCUCUGCAAGACCUGGGAGAUCAAUGACCGUGCCUUUUCAAGCCUGCAGGAUGUAUUACGUCCAAAAGGGUUUGUUGACUUCAUUUCGGAGAGAAAUAUAUGCAUAAGUAUGGCUGCUACCAUCCGUGAUGUCUGCAGGAGACAUCCUGAUAGGGGAGUGGACCUAAUCUUGUCUGUCCAGGCGUCUAUAGAAAGCCAAGACUCUGCGGUUCGAGCGCUUGGUUUUCAGAGUCUUUCUCAUCUUUGUGAAGCUGAUGUAAUAGAUUUUUAUACUGCAUGGGGUGUCAUUGAGAAGCAUGCACAGAGCAUCACCAUGAAUCCUUCCCUUGCUCAUAGCUUAUGCGUUCUUUUAGGGUGGGGGGCAAUGGAUGCUGAAGCAUAUCCUGAAGAUGCAGAAAAGGUUUUGAAAAUUUUAUGGGAAAUUGCUAGCUUUGUGCAGAUGACUCAUGAUUUUCAAUGGACAAAGGCACGAGUUUCUGCCUUAUCGGCUCUGGGUCAGUAUGAGGUGUCAUUUAUCAAAGAGAAUAUUUCUGACUUAGAUGGAAAUUAUGCAAAAUUACUCUUUUCCGAGACAAAUCCAGAGAUUCUUAGGGCUUUGGAAGACCUUCUAAUCAAGAUCAUCAUGCAUGAGCACACCUUUCGCCGAAGAAAUGUGAAAGAGAAGAAAGUUCCUGUUAGUAAGAUUGAGAAGCUGCUGGAUGUGAUUCCUCAGGUCAUCUUCCCUUCAGGAAAAGGAAUGAACAUCAGGGAACUACCUGGUGCUGCAUUAUUAUGUCUUUCCUUUAGUCCAAGAAGUUUAAACCACGGGGCAUCAAAAGGCUUUCAUGAUUUGCAUGGUCAAUAUGAGGAUGCAUUUAAGGAAAUAGUCGCAUCUCUACAGCUCUCAAGAAAUAUAGCCAUUGCACUUAUCUCAUUGCAAUCAAUGAAAUCCUUUAUGCGACGGUGGAUGAGAGCCAACAUAAUAUUUAUUGAUGCAACGGCUGCAGAUAUCUCAUCUGACAAAACUUCUAAAGCUGCUAGCAAGAUUUUAAAGAGUUUGGUGCAUAUGGCUGAAGAAACUCUUCCGAGGUGUGCUGAAAACAUAGCGCUGGCACUGGGUGCACUGUGUGCAGUGUUGCCAGCAGCUGUCCAUAAUAUUAAAGCAACUGCAUCAAAAUUUCUGCUGGAUUGGUUGUUUAAGUACGAACACGAACACCUUCAAUGGACUGCUGGUAUUUCUCUUGGAUUGAUUUCCUCUUCUCUACAUGCGACUGAUCACAAGCAAAAAUUUCAAAAUAUUUCUGGACUUCUUGAGGUUUUAUGUAGCAGUAAAAGCACUUUUGUUAAAGGAGCCUGCGGGGUUGGAUUGGGGUUUUCAUGCCAAGAUCUUCUUACUCGGGCUGAAGUUUCUGAAAAUCCCAUUAUAGGAAGUGAGACUCAUAGGAACCAAGAGGAAAGGUUCGUAGGGAGGAUAGCAAAGAUUCUAGCUUCAAUAUUAGUUCGCUUCCUGCACACUUCAUCGGAUAUCCUAGAUAGUUUGUCUGCACUAUUUCCAGUUUUCAAAGAAGAUAAUGUGACAAGCUUUUCUCAACUAUCAGAUGAUAAUUCUGAAGAUUUCGAUGAUGAUAUAUGGGGUAUUGCUGGGCUCAUUAUAGGUUUGGGGUUGUCAGUUGGUGCGAUAUACAGAACUGGGAGAAAAGAUGCUGUUCUAAAGAUAAAGGACCUGAUCAUAUCAUGGGUACCACAUGCAUAUUCUCUUAAACAAAUCUCGGGAUCUUCAAUGGACAUAUCAGAGAGAGCUUUUUCAGUAGGCGCUUGCUUGGCACUUCCAGUUGUGAUCAAUUUCUGCCAAAAGAUGGAACUAUUUGAUUACCGUGAGGUGGAUCAUCUUAUCAAAGGCUUCAAGGAGCUAAUUUCUGAGUUAUUAGAUGUUAAAAAGUCCGGUGCAUUUCACACCAGUUUGUUAAUAGCUUCGUGCAUUGGAGCCGGAGAAACCCUUGGCUGUGUUCUGAAUGAAGGUAUCCACCCUAUUGACGUUGAGCCAAUAAAAUCCUUACUUGAACUGUUUAGGACAUGUUAUUCUGGGCUUCAUCCACCUGUCGUCCAUUUUGGUGGCAUGCUCGGAGUCGUUAAUGCCUUAGGAGCAGGUGCUGGAAAUUUGGUCUAUUCCCAUCCUCUGCCCCGGACUCCACAAACCAAUUCUGAGGAGAAGGAAAUUUCUUAUGUUUCAGGUCCUUUGCUUUCUAGUUUGAUUUUCACUCAGCAUUUGACGCCUGUUGUGCAAGAGAUAUUCCUUAUUGCACAAAAUAACAAGGAUCAUCGGCUACAACUGUAUGCUGCAUGGGCUAUCUCAAUUUUUAGAAAUUAUAUGUGGUCCAGAGGAACAUUAAGCCUCACCAGUGAUAUCCAACCUGAUAAUUCUCACCGCAAACUUGCUUCUCAUAGCGUUUCUGAGGAUGCCAUGGUCUCAGAACUUGCUCAAUGGAUGAAGAAUCUGAAAUUGCCUGAGGCAGGUGGCUCUCUGAAUAUUGGCACAGUGGCAACUAUCCUGAGGUGUAUGUCUCGUGCUCCUAGAUUACCGGCCUUGGACUGGGGAGCAACAAUAAGAAGGUUGAUGAAACAAGAAGCUCUUAGAGAAGAGUGUUUCAGGUUAUCAUUGGCUCAUGCAAGCCAGCACGAUGAACUCCUGGCUUUUCUCGACGAUUUAUCAGAGCUAUCCAGAUUCAAUGCGCUAGAGCUCAAUCUGCAGUCAUGCAUGCUCUGUCAUCUAGGUGACAUGAUGAGAAUAUUCUCAGGUUCAAGGACAGAGAAACUGCUUGACGAUAUGUCUCACUUCAUAACCUCACUAUCCUCAAAUCAAGUGUAUAACACUGACCAGAAAAGCUUCUUGCGGGUUUCUUGCUGGAAUGGUCUCCGUCAGUGUCUUGACGAAACUUCUCUCGAGUCUUCUUCAGAGUACAUCUCAAAGAUUGAAAAAUGCAUGGAGUUGCUCUUUGCCUUCUUGCCAGUAGCCUCACACUCUCCAUAUGCAGCAGAAGAGACGAGUGUGGUGAAGGAAUGGUCGGAGGCAGUUUUGUGUUUAGAGAAGUCUCGUCAGGAUUGGUUAUAUGAUUUUCUACUGGUCUCAAGUUUUGAUUCCGUAGAUAGAAAUGUCGAGCUCCAGGCUGAGCUAAUGAGGAAGAUCCAUGCAAAAGCGAAGCUUGCAAGGAAUGGCUCUAUCCCGUCCACUGAAUUAGGAAGACUGAAGUCUAUUAUAUUUAACUGCGAACCAUCUGGUAUGUGGAACGUUCUAGUCGAGGUAGUGGCGGCACUUCAACAUACAGAUGGAGGUGUAAGGAGAAAGUGGCUUAUCGAAGCUGUUGAAAUCAGCUGCAUUUCUCGUUAUCCUUCCACGGCUCUUCUAUUUGUCGGUCUUCUCUCUGGUAUGUGCUGCGAGUACAUGCCAUUCCUCACCUUAGACCGAUCCAUGGUGUUGAAAGAUAUGGCUGUCACCGUAACUUCACUCCUCUCUGAUCCCGACUGGCAAGUCAUUGGACAGACUUUCGUUUCAAAUCUCUGGAAUUCCAUGGGACGUAUUUACAGUUUCGCCACUGGUCCGGGCGAUGAUGACGAUACAUCGGCAAGCUCACAGCCCCUAGCCGAAAGCGAACGAGAUAGUGCACCUUUGCUUCUCAAGGUCAUGCAUUACAUUUGCGUGGCCUUCAGAGAACACUUGCCUCUGGAGAAGCAGCUUAGACUCGCAGCCAUGGCAAUUUCUUGAUUCCAUCAAUGGUGGUGUGAGCUUUGUUAUAUAUGAGGUGAUUGGUUGGUUGUGUAAUAUUUUAUUUUGUUGUGUAAUUUAUAGGGUUCUUUUAUUGAUUUUAUUGGAAGAUUUCCAUGUGUCCCUUUUUGUAUUGUAUCAGGUAGGUAUGACCAAAAUAGAAGUGAACCUUUAAGGGGUUUGGUGAUUUUGGUAAUUUUUUUUUUUUUGGUAACGAGGUAAUUGUUAUUUUUUC